AUGCGUUAUUCUGUUGCUACUCCGGACACUUACCUCGCCAUUACUGGCGCAGGCAUCAAGACAAUUAGGAUUGCCAAAAGUGCCUGGAUCUUUCCGUUUCAAAAAUGUCAAAGGUUUUCAAUCCAGCCGCGCGAUUACCCUAUGGAUCUCCAGGCCAUGACACGGGAGAAACUUCAAUUCCUCCUUCCCGUAGUCUUCACAGUCGGCCCUGAUUGCAACCAACGAGGCGCAACUUCUGGACAGGCUCCUCGCGACGGAAACACCGUUGAACAUGCCCCUGAGGAUAAAGGUGACGCCUUAAUAAAAUAUGCAAUGCUGCUUGCUGAAGGCAACGAUAAAAAGAAUAAUGUCGCCAAUAGCCAGCACAUUGAUAGGAUCGUCAAGGGCAUUAUUGAGGGUGAAACCCGAGUCCUCGUCAGUUCUAUGACCAAUAGAGCCGGGAGCUUCAACAUCUCCGGAAGUUCCAAGAUUCUGACAUUUUCGAACUCCCUUUGUGCUUCCGAACUCUUGUCAGAUUUAUUUAUUAGGUUAAGCAAUGCUGACUCCGAACCUUUAGUGGAGGAAAUCUUCACUGAGCGUGAUGAAUUUAAGAGACGCAUUUUCCGCAAUAUCAAGGAAGAACUUGCCCAAUUCGGCCUCAAAAUCUACAACGCCAAUGUCAAGGAACUUCGUGAUGCUCCCCAAUCAUCUUACUUUGAGUCUCUCUCCCGAAAAGCUGCCGAGGGGGCCAUCAAUCAAGCUCGUAUCGAUGUAGCUGAGGCACAGAGACGAGGUAAUGUUGGAGAGGCUCAACGCCACGGAGAGCAGAACCGUGAGAUUGCCAAGAUUAACGCCGAGACUGCGGUCCAAAAAACCGAGCGUGACUCCGAGCGCGCCCAAGCUGAAGCUACUCUUGCUACCCGCACGACUGUCUUCAACCGUGACGUGAGCAUUGCUAAAAUUGAGGCGACUCGUGCCACCGAGUCCCGUGACGAAGAACUCCGAAAGGACGUUGAGACCAAGCGCGCCUUCACUGAGCUCGAGAGACUCAGAGCCAGCGACGUCGUCAAGGCUACCAUUGCUAGAGAAUCGAAGCAACAAGCUGCCGAUGCUAGACAAUACGAGGAGAAGACCAAAGCCCAAGCUGCUCUUUUCGCCGAACAAAACGCUGCUGAUGCUCACGCCUACAAAAUCCGCGUCAACGCAGAAGCCUCCUUCCACGCCGCAGCCCAGGAAGCCGAGGCUCAACUCGUUCGCCAGCAGAAGGAAGCGGCUGGUAUGUCAGCCAUGGCUGGUGCAUACGCCGAUCUCUGGCUUGUUCAAUAUCUCAUGAUUGAGAAGGGCGUCUACACCCAGCUCGCAAAGGCUAAUGCUGAUGCUGUCCGUGGUCUGAAUCCCAAGAUGACGAUCUGGAACACUGGCGCUCAGGCUGGUGGCGAAGGCGCUCAUGCUGAGGGUACCGGAAUGGGGGGUGUUGACUCCAUUCGCAAUAUGUACCAGAUGCUUCCUCCGCUGAUGUCCACAAUCAAUGAACAAACCGGAAUCACUCUCCCAGAAUGGCAGUUCGGAAAGCUUGCGGAUGGACUGUCGGAGCGCGAGGUUAGUGGGAAGAAGGUUAGCAUGUCUAACGGCAAGAGCCACAACUAG